UUGCGUCACCCCUAACAUCCGGUUUACUUCCGACUCUUCACGUUGGCUUUUUGCCGCUCUCUCUCCCCAGCCUGAAACCAUGAAGCUCGUCACCUGGAACAUUAACGGCAUCAGGACGUUUAAAAGCGGGAUCAAAAAGGCGCUUGACGGCCUGGACGCAGACAUCAUCUGCGUUCAGGAGACAAAAGUCACAAGAGACCUGCUGGAUGAAAGGACCGCUAUUGUUGACGGCUACAACUCUUAUUUCAGCUACAGCCGAGGACGCAGCGGCUAUUCAGGGGUUGCAACUUACUGCAGGGACAAUGCCACUCCUUCUGCUGCUGAGGAGGGCCUCACAGGUCUGCUGACCAACCAUGAGAGAGCUGUUGGAUGCUAUGGGGACCAGGCUGACUUCUCCAGCGAGGAGCUGCAGCUUUUGGACAACGAGGGGCGAGCCGUCAUCACCCAGCACAAAAUAAUGUGUCAGGACGACAAGCGGACGGUUACUGUGAUAAACGUCUACUGCCCGCGGGCCGACCCAGACAAGCCGGAGCGAAAACGGUUCAAGCUGCAGUUCUACAAGCUGCUUCAGAGUCGGGCCGAAGCCUUAUUAAGAGGCGGGAGCCACGUGAUUAUUUUAGGAGACGUGAACACUUCUCAUCGGCCAAUAGACCACUGUGACCCAAGCGAUAUCGAUGAUUUUGCUGAAAAUCCUGGGAGGAAAUGGCUGAAUGGCUUUUUGUACGGUAGCUCGCAAGAAGAGGAAGUAGAACCCGACGACGAGGAACAGGACAAAGAGUCGGCGAUAACAGAUUGUAGCCAAAUGGGAAAAUUCGUUGACAUGUUCCGGUACUUCCACCCAACUCGUACCAAUGCCUUCACGUGUUGGUCCACGCUCACUGGAGCCCGGCAGACCAACUACGGAACACGUAUUGAUUAUAUCUUCGCGGACCGCCGGCUCGCCCAGCAGCAGUUUGCGGGGGCAGACAUCAUGCCUGAGGUGGAGGGCUCGGAUCACUGUCCCGUUUGGGCGCGGCUGACAUGUUCACUUCUUCCCGGCUCCAAACCUCCUCCCCUCUGCACCCGCUAUCUGCCAGAGUUUGCGGGCAAGCAGCAGAAACUCUCCCGCUUCCUGGUAAAGGUGGACCAAAAGCCCUCUCAGAGUGGGCCCAAGGAAGCUCUACCUGGAUCCCAGGAAGAGGACGAAAGGAGGGAGAACCGGAACCCAAUUGACGCCGAUGACGUCUCUCGUAAAAAACGCUCUUCAGCGCCAGAAUCUGCCGCCCCGAAGGGCAAAAAGUCUAAAACAACAAAUGCCUCUUUGAAGCCACGGGGUAACCUCCUUUCUUUCUUCAAACCCAAACUCACAGAUGUUGCGCAGUGUGAGAACACACCUGGUGCGGACGGAUUUACCUCACCACGCAGCGACCCAAAGGCACCCGCGACCAGUGAGCCGUGUUCAGGCACGGGCAGCCCGACUGAAGACACUGAGCUUGUUGUUGACGCGCCGUCCCAGCUGUGCGCCAGCAGCACCACAGGAGAAACAGAGCGAACGGUGAAGACCAAACAGCCGGCCCCUCAGCCCCUCUCUGUGGGGCAAACCGGUGUCAAGAAGGGGGCAUCAUCUGUGUUUUGGAAGUCUGUGCUUCACGGCCCGCCCCCGGCCCCCUGCUGCAAGGUGCACAGGGAACCCUGUGUGCUUCGUACUGUGAAAAAAGAGGGCCCGAACAUGGGCAAACAGUUCUUUGUGUGUGGACGGCCUCAGGGACAUGCGUCCAACCCAGAGGCUCGCUGUAAUUUCUUUAUGUGGGUAGAAAAAGGGAAAGUAAUGUGAUUUCUGGAGGUUAAAACGCCUUCACACAGACGCUUCUCUUCAUUUCACGUUUUUAUAGAUUUUUAUGUUUUCUCACUUGAAAAUAAAAUGGUAUUGUAUUUAUACGAGUCCUUUCUGUUUAUUCUCCUGUAAGGAGAAAUGGAUAUCUCAUCAUGGGUCAUGAAAUUUAUACAUGAAAGGUUAUACACUUUUAGG